AUGAUUGUUGAUUUACUAAAACAUCAAGCAGGGCGCACUCCUUUCAAAUCAAUACUAAGACAGAUCCCCAUAAAGCGACAAUUUCAUCAAACGGUUCGUUCUCCAUCGACAAAAUAUGGAACUAAGGUAUUUAUCGGAUUAGCCACUGGUGUGUCUGUUCUAUCACUAGGUUGCAAGUCGCAAGUUUACAAUGAUGUACAUGCUUUGGAUACGUCAAUACAUGAAUUAACGCCGAUAAGUACUGCCGAUACUUAUGAAACUGGUCUAUAUCAAGCAUCUCAAAAGGAAGAGUACGACCAGUAUGACGCAUACAGGAAAAGCAAGACUCAGCAUUCAUCGAUAUUUGUGAGGUCGUUAUAUAGAACAGCGUUUUUCCUACAGGAUUAUCUUAUUGAUCCCAUUGUUACAUUUUCUCGAUUCAUUGAAUUAUCCUGUUUAUUCUUACCGGUGUUAUUAUUCAGUCCCAUAUGUUGGUUUGGAAGAAAGCACCGUAAUGCAGAUGGUGUCAUGGUCCGAACUGGUGCAACGCUUUGGUAUCGUUACCUCCGUUGGUCAGCAGAACAAGCUGGUGCAUCAUUUAUUAAAUUGGGACAAUGGGCCGCUAGCAGAACCGAUAUUUUUCCUCAGGAAAUGUGUGAUGAAUUAGCUACAUUACAUAGUCACGCAAAAGCUCAUAGUUUUGCCCAAACCAAAAAGAUUCUUGAAAAGAGUUUUGGUGGAUUGCCAUUUGAUCAGAUCUUUGAUGAAUUUGAUGAGAAACCUGUUGGUGUGGGUGCUAUUGCCCAGGUUUAUAUUGCCAAGCUUUCAAAGACGGCAUUGAAUCAAGCGUCGAAGCAAGAAGCCGAAAUUCAACGAAAACUCAAGCAUCAAGAUAAGGAACAUGAACCGCAAUUUUUUGAGAAUUUGAUUGUUACUGAAAACCUAGAUUCGAAUGAACGCGUUGCGAUCAAGGUUUUGCAUCCUCAAGUUGAGAUUAACAUCAACCGAGAUUUGAAAAUUAUGAAGUUUUUCGCUGAUUUUAUUAAUAUCAUACCUACUAUGGAAUGGUUAUCUUUACCUGAUGAAGUGGAGCAAUUUUCCAUCUUAAUGAGAUUGCAACUAGACUUGAGAAUUGAAGCAUUAAACUUGGCCAAGUUUAGAGAAAACUUCAAGAGUAGAUUGGAUAUACAUUUCCCAAAACCUUAUUUAAGUUUCACUACAAGGGAUGUGUUGGUGGAAGAGUACAUCUACGCCAUUCCUUUGAGCAAGAUGUUAUCAUUGACUAAUAACUUCGGUAAAAAUUUGUCAAAAGAAAUUAGUGAUAAAGGUUUGGAUGCGUUUUUAAAGAUGUUGAUUUUGGAUAAUUUUGUCCAUGCAGAUUUACAUCCAGGAAAUAUGAUGGUUAGAUUUUACAAGAAUGAACAUUUCAAACAUGAAAAGGAGUACAAGAUUGUCAAGACUUCAAAUGAACAGGAAACAAACAAUAUCACGGAAGAGUUGCUAAAAUUGGGAAAUAACCAACCGGCAUGGUGUGAAAAAUUAGCCCAGCUUUACGAACAUGGGUAUCAUGCUGAAAUUUGUUUCCUAGAUGUUGGAUUAGUUACCGAAUUGAAUCAUACCGAUAGAGUCAAUUUCAUUGACUUGUUUAAGGCUCUCUCCGAAUUCGAUGGUUACAAGGCUGGUGAAUUGAUGAUUGAAAGAUCAAGGACACCAGAAACAGCAAUCAACAAGGAGAUUUUUGCAUUGAAAGUGGAGAAAUUGGUGGAUCGAAUGAAACUGCGUACAUUCACACUUGGUACAGUUAGUAUUGGUGAUUUACUUGAUCAAGUGUUGAGUAUGGUUCGUAACCAUCAUGUUCGUAUGGAAGGUGAUUUCGUUUCCGUGGUGGUGGCAAUUUUAUUAUUGGAAGGAAUUGGAAGACAAUUGGAUCCAAAAUUGGAUCUUUUCCAAAGUUCAUUACCUGUGUUGAGAAAACUUGGAGUGCUGAAGGAGGGAAGAGAAAUAUUGAGAGAUGAAAAUAGUUUGAGUAUGAUGAAGAUUUGGUUGGCUUUGGAAGUUAGGCAGUUCAUCAAUGCUUCCAUCCAAGACAUACACAGUUUGGUUAAGGCCGAUAUGUUAAGUCCAAAUAUGUAG